GGUAAAAUAUGCAUCUAACAGAUGGUAUAAAGUUAAGCGUGUCUUCUGUAAUCCCUAGAGCAAUCACCAAAAUAGCUGUACAAACAUGUAUAGUUUCAGAACACAAUGGGCAAAUUAAAGUGGACUACUAAAACAUGUUCAAAAAUAAAAUAAAACAUGUUCAAAUAACGUUUAGCAAAAGGUGCCAGAAAAUGGAAAAAAGAAUGAAAACCAGAGGGGGAAGAAAACAGAAAACAAAUAGCAAACAACAGAUCUGAAUCCAAAAAUAUCAAUAGUUACAUUAAAUGUAACUGGGCUAAACACACCGAUUAAAAGACAUGUUUGCCAGGUGAAUUUAAAACAGCAAAUGCUGUCUAAAAGAUCCCUUCAAAUGUAGUGAUACGGGCAUACUGAUACAGUUGAAAAUCAAAGAAUGGAAAAAAUACUAUGACGAUACUAACAAAAAGAAAGUAGAAAUGGCUGUAUUAAUAUCAAACAGAGUAGUUCUUCAGAGCACAGAAAGUUACCAAAGACAAAGAUGGGCAGUACAUAGUGAUAAAAAGGCCAGUUCACCAGUUCACCAAGAAGACAUGACAAUCCUAAAUGUGUAUGUGCCUAACACCACAAACUACAAAUUACAUGAGGCAAAAUUACAUGAAAAAAAACUCUCAUUUUUAUUAAAAUCUGUAAUACUCCUCUCUCAAUAAUCAACAGAACCAGUAGACAGAAAACAGUAGACCAGUAGACAAGGGAAAUGACCAACAGCACCAACCAGCUGGAUCGAGCAGGUGUUUAUACAAUAGUCCAUUCACUCCAGAAAUACCUCUUUUCAAAUGCAUGUGAAAUAUUCACCAAAAGCGAUUAUGUCCUGGGUCAUAAAACAAGUCUUAACAGCGUGAGGUUCAAAGUACAUUUUCUAACUAUAACAGAAUUAAACUAGAAACCAAAUCACCAAAAGAGAACAGGAAAAGCUCUGGACCUCCUGGAAAUUAAACAACACAGUUCUAAAUGAUUCAUGGGUCAAAGAGGAAGUCUCAAGGGAGAUCAGAAAAUAUUCUGAACUGAAUGAAAAUGAGAAAGGGAGGAAUGAAAAUCCUGAUUAUCCAGGUGAUAAUGCCAAGCAGGCAAGUCUAGAGAUCUCAGGAGAGAAAAGAGCUUUUUUCUGAUGAAACCGUUUUCUUUCUCACGGUUUAAAGACAAUGCUUUAAAUUUUGAUAUUAGCCGGAUUAUUUGGGGCAUAAUAGAGAAAAGUUUAUGAGUAUUGGACUUCCUCUGCAAGAUUGCUCCUUCUCAUACGAUUCCUCCAGGCAACCAAGUGGAAAUGCUACUGUUCAGCAGGAACUGGCUCGAUGUCAAAGAAAAACAAGAGUGAUCACGUGGACGUGAUGUUUGGCAGGGCCAACAGAACUGAGAUCGUUAACUUGUCUUCGGAGAGCAGGCUUCAGAGGAAAUUUUCACAGAAGUCAAACAGUUUAAGCACAUUCUGGAGAUGUGGUAGAAACUGGGGGAAAAAAAAAGUGAAUUGUUUUCUUCUAAAUAAGGAGCCCAGUGGAUAAACUAAGCUUCUAGAUUCCUUGCUUCAAAUUUCUGAAAAGAAAGAAGUUCAAUAGAAGGUAAGACUACGGACAAAACUAGAAGCAAAGAAAAAGCAGGUUUAAGAGGCUAACCCAGGUCUGCUGUUAUAGCAAUGACAGAACCACAGGAGCAAGCAGAUAUGCUCAAAGCCUCAUAAGGUCUAUGUUCAGAACUGGCACGUCAUCACUGCCACCUCCUUUACUGGUCAAAGUUACAGUCUGCCUUAAUAGAAGGAACUCCAAAGUUACCGGACAAAGGGUGUGGACACAAGUAGAGGUGAAGAAUUGGACAACACAAUGCCGAGUAAGAGUGGGCAAAAUGAGUAACAGAGAGAUGAGUGUGUGUCAGCAAACCUGGGCCUUACUAUGCAAGAACUUUCUUAAAAAAUGGAGAAUGAAAAGAGAGACUUUAAUAGAAUGGUUGAAUGCAUUGUUCCUGCUACUUUCUUUGUACUUAUAUCCUGACAUUCAUCAAGUUAACGAUUUUUCUUCCCUGCCUCCCAUGGACCUGGGACGGGUAGAUUCAUUUAGCGCAUCUAAAUUUGCUAUUGCAUACACGCCUGUCACCAACACCACUCAACAGAUAAUGAAGAUAGUGGCCUCAGCCUCCUUCAUGAAAGAUAAAGAAGUCUGGGGACUAGCCAAUGAAGACAGUAUUAAAGAAUUAACAGCAAAUUAUCCCGAGGAAGUAGUAAGAGUCAUCUUUACUAAUACAUCCUCCUAUAAUUUGAAAUUCUUGCUGGGACACAGAAUCCCAAUAAGGAAUGAAUACAGGGACCAUACAGCUCAUUGUUAUGAAACGAAUGAAGAAAUUGACUGUGGAGUUUUGAAAUUCUGGAAGAAAGGUUUUGUGGCUCUUCAAGCUGCCAUUAAUGCUGCUAUUAUAGAAAUCACAACGAAUCACUCAGUGAUGGAGGAAUUGAUGUCAGUUACUGGAAAAAAUAUGAAGAUAUAUCCCUUCAUUAGUCAAGGAGGAGUCUUGACGGAUUUCUUCAUUUUUUUCUGCAUUAUUUCCUUUUCCCCAUUCACGUACUACGCAUCUAUUAAUGUGACAAGAGAGAGGAAGAAGAUGGCGGGCUUGAUGAGGAUGAUGGGUCUUCGAAAUUCCGCAUUCUGGCUCUCCUGGGGUUUGCUCUAUGCUGCUUUCGUCUUCAUCGUGGCCCUUUUUUUGACACUGAUUGUGAAAUCUGCCCAGUUUGUCAUCCUGACUGGCUUCCUGAAGGUCUUCACCCUCUUUCUUCUCUAUGGAUUGUCCUUGAUAGCUUUGACUUUUCUGAUGAGUGUCUUGGUAAAGAAAUCUUUCCUCACCGGCCUGGUCAUGUUCCUUCUCACUGUCGUUUGGGGGAGUCUGGGAUUCAUGGCAUUGUACAGAUACCUUCCUGCUUCCUUGGAGUGGAUUUUAAGUUUUCUUAGCCCCUUUGCCUUCAUGCUUGGAAUGACCCAGCUUUUACACUUGGACUACGAUCUGAAUUCGAAUGCAUUUCUCAAUCCAUCCGACAGCUCGAACCUAAUAAUAGCAACAAAUUUCAUGUUGGUUUUUGAUAUUUUCUUCUAUCUGGCACUGGCGAUUUAUUUCGAAAAAAUUUUGCCAAAUGAGUAUGGACAUCGAUAUUCACCCUUGUUUUUCCUGAAGUCUUCAUUUUGGUCAAGACAACGACGGGCUGAUCACGUGGCCCUUGAAGAUGAAAUAGAUUCCAAUCCUUCUUCUAAUGACGCUUUUGAACCAAUGUCCCCAGAAUUCCACGGGAAAGAAGCCAUCAGAAUCAGAAAUGUUACAAAAGAAUAUAAAGGAAAGCCUGAUAAAAUAGAAGCUUUAAAAGAUCUGGUAUUUGACAUAUAUGAAGGCCAAAUCACUGCAAUACUUGGUCACAGUGGAGCUGGCAAAUCAACACUGUUAAACAUUCUUAGUGGGCUGUCUGUUCCUACCAAAGGUUCAGUCACCAUCUACAAUAAUAAGCUUUCAGAAAUGGUUGACCUAGAAAACAUCAGCAAGCUCACAGGAGUUUGUCCACAGUCCAAUGUGCAAUUUGACUUCCUCACCGUGAGAGAAAAUCUCUGGCUAUUUGCUAAAAUAAAAGGGAUUCAGCCACAUAAAAUUGAUAAAGAGAUACAAAGAGUUUUGCUGGAAUUGGAAAUGAAAAAUAUUCAGGACGUCCUUGCUCAAAACUUAAGUGGCGGACAGAAAAGAAAACUAACCUUUGGAAUUGCCAUUUUAGGAGAUCCUCAGAUUUUCCUAUUGGAUGAACCAACCGCUGGACUGGAUCCCUUCUCAAGGCACCAAGUAUGGAACCUCCUGAAAGAGUGGAAGGCAGGCCGUGUGAUCCUCUUCAGCACCCAGUUCAUGGACGAGGCUGACAUCCUGGCUGAGAGGAAGGUGUUUCUCUCCAAAGGGAAGCUGAAGUGUGCAGGCUCUUCUCUGUUUCUAAAGAAGAAAUGGGGGAUUGGCUAUCACUUAAGUUUGCAGUUGAAUGCAAUGUGUGCUCAGGAAAAAAUAACAUCACUUGUGAAACAGCACAUCCCUGAAGCCAAAUUAUCAGCAGAAAGUGAAGGAAAGCUUGUCUAUACACUGCCCUUAGAAAGAACAAGUAAAUUUCCAGAACUUUACGAGGAUCUUGAUAGAUGUCCUGACCUGGGAAUUGAGAAUUAUGGUGUUUCCAUGACAACCUUGAAUGAGGUGUUCCUGCAACUAGAAGGACAAUCAACUAUUGACGAAUCAGAUAUUGCCAAUUUCAGAGAAGCACAAGCAGAAGGAGCUGGAGACACAGAAAAGCUUGUUGAGAUGGAACAAUUUCUCUCUUCAGUUAACGAGACAAAAAAGACCAUAGGAGGCAUGGCUCUCUGGGGGCAGCAAAUCUGCGCAAUUGCAAGGGUUCGCUUGCUAAAGUUAAAGCAUGAAAGAAAAGCUCUUUUAUCACUGCUGUUGAUUCUCGGAGUUGGAUUUUGUCCUCUUCUUUUGGAGUAUAUCUUCGUGAAAAUAUAUCAGAGCAGUUACACUUGGGAACUUUCUCCUCAUUUAUACUUCCUUGCUCCUGGACAACCACCACGUGAUCCUCUCACUCAGUUAUUAAUCAUCAAUAAAACAGGAGCAAGCAUUGAUGACUUUAUACACUCUGUGGAGAAUCAGAACAUAGCUUUGGAAGUAGAUAUGCUUGGAACUAGAAAUGGCCUCGAUGACCCAUCUUAUAAUGGAGCUGUCAUAGUGUCUGGGAAUGAAAAGAAUUACAGCUUUUCAUUAGCAUGCAAUACCAAAAGACUGAAUUGCUUCCCAGUUCUCAUGGAUAUUGUUAGUAACGGACUACUUGGAAUGGUUAAACUGUCAGCACACAUCCAAACUGACAGAAGUACAUUUUGGGGGGAGGAACAGAAUAAUCCGCUGGAGUUCCUGGGCUACGCCCCGUUCUGGUUGACCUUGUCGUCCUGCUGUGCCCCUUACAUCGCCAUGAGCAGCAUUGAUGAUUACAAGAACAAGGUUCGGUCCCAGCUGCGGACGUCGGGGCUCUUCCCUUCCGCGUACUGGUUUGGGCAGGCGCUGGUGGAUGUCCCAGUGUACUGCCUCAUCUUCCUGUUUAUGUACUUAAUGGACCAUGGUUUAAACAUCCAAGACUCUAUAUUUAAAACGGUAGAUCGGAUCAUACAAAUCCCGUGUGCUAUUGGUUACGCCAUGUCACUUACCUUUUUGAUGUAUGUGAUUUCGUUCACUUUUCGCAAGGGGAGAAAAAAUAGUGGCAUUUGGUCCUUUUGCUUCUACAUUGUCACCAUCUUGGCUGUGAUUGGAUUUCUGCUGGAUAACUCUGGGCACGGUGUUCUGUAUGCCGUCACCUUUUUAAUACCGCCCGCCACAUUAAUUGGCUGUGAGUUCUUAUCUUUCCACCUUUUCACAUUUUAUAUCUCUGAUGAAGAACCAGGAAGUAUAGAGGCAUUCUUGGUGUUCCUAAUUCCUUUCCUUCAUUUUAUCAUCUUUCUUUUUAUUCUUCGAUGUCUGGAAUGGAAGUUUGGAAAGAGAUCAAUGAGAAAGGAUCCCUUCUUUAGAAUUUCACCAAGAAGCUGCGAUGCGUGUCCAAAUCCAGAAGAGCCAGAAGGGGAAGAUGAGGAUGUGCAGCUGGAAAGAGUGAGAACAGCAGUUGCUCUGAACUCCACAGACUCGGAUGAGAAACCUGUCAUUAUCGCCAGCUGUCUACGCAAGGAGUAUGCAGGGAAGAGGAAACACUGCUUUGUCAAGAGGAAGAAGAAGACAGCCACAAGAAACAUCUCUUUCUGUGUUAGGAAAGGUGAGGUUUUAGGAUUAUUGGGACACAACGGAGCUGGUAAAAGUACAUCCAUUAAGGUGAUAACUGGAGACACAAAGCCAACUGCUGGACAGGUGCUACUGAAAGGGACCAGUGGAGGGGACGCCUUGGGGUUCCUGGGCUACUGUCCCCAGGAGAACGCGCUGUGGCCCAGCCUGACGGUGCAGGAGCACCUGGAGGUGUUCGCCGCCGUGAAAGGGCUGAGGAAGGCGGACGCCCUGGCCGCCGUCACACGGUUGGUGGAUGCGCUCAAGCUGCAGGAGCAGCUGAAGCUCCCCGUGAAGGCUUUAUCCGAGGGAGUAAAGCGAAAGCUGUGCUUCGCGCUGAGCCUCCUGGGAAACCCGUCGGUGGUGCUUCUGGACGAGCCGUCCACGGGGAUGGACCCCGAGGGGCAGCUGCAGAUGUGGCAGGCGAUCCGGGCCACCUUCAGAAACACAGAGAGGGGCGCCCUCCUGACCACCCAUUACAUGGCAGAGGCUGAGGCCAUCUGUGACCGCGUGGCCAUCAUGGUGUCCGGAAGGCUGAGGUGUAUUGGUUCCAUCCAGCACCUAAAGAACAAAUAUGGCAAGGACUACCUGCUGGAGAUGAAGGUGAAGACCCCCACUCAAGAGGAGACCCUCCAUAGUGAAAUUCUAAGGCUUUUCCCCCAAGCUGCACGGCAGGAAAGGUUCCCGUCUCUGAUGGCCUAUAAGUUGCCAGUGGAAGAUGUACGACCUCUAGCCCAAGCUUUCUUCAAAUUAGAGAAGGUGAAGCGGAGCUUCGAUCUGGAGGAGUACAGCCUCUCGCAGUCCACCCUGGAGCAGGUUUUCCUGGAGCUCUCCAAGGAGCAGGAGCUGCAUGACUUAAACGAGGAACGUCACCCCUCCGUGAAGUGGAAGCUCCUUCCGCAGGAAGAGCCUUGAAACCCCUAGUACCCUAUGUUCCCGUUCAAGCCUUUGGUUGUUUUUUAGACACUUACUUAUUUUUACAGCAUCGGUGUCAUAUAUUUAGAGACACUAUUGUAAACACUGACGUGGUUCUUGUGGCGGGAGGAGGGGAGGAGCAGGUGCUCGCAGGCGCGGUGACAGCGAGGACACAGGCACGUGGCUGAGCCCGCCUCCCGGGCACGGCCUCCGUGUCUCUGCCCAUCACCCUGAAGCCAUUUUUCUGUAUAAUGUUGAAUAAAUAAGUUUACUUUUAUAAAACUGUUUCAGUUUCUGAGCAUGAUAAACAAAUUUGGGGUUUUUCUUGUAUUAAAACCUUAAAAUAUUUUUUUCUAACCUAGACUAAAAAGUCCAUGUACUUACUCUUCUGGAAGUUUGAUGCUUUUAUAAAGCUGAUUAUUUUAGUAAGAAUUUAAGUGACCAACUCAAGAAGUAUUACAUUCUGUGAAAUAAAUUUUAAUGUAUUUUCUUAUGGCUAAGAAUUUUAAAACACCAUCAGUCAUAAUAUCUGAGAUCAAUAUAUCUGAUAAUAUUAUCCACUGGUAACACGAUCAAUAAUAUAACAAUAGUUUGGAAACUAAAAACUUGCUAUUAGAAAUUUAUUGUACUUUUUUUUAUUAUAUAUAAACCAAUGGAGUCCCAUUCAUGUAUUUUUAAAUCUAGGCUUUAGAGAUGCCUGUAUUAUAACUGAUUUUUUUGUGGAUAUUUGCCACUUGAUCUCAGAAACUGAUAAAUGUGAUAAGAGGUUCAGUGACCAAGGAGGUGGUAAAUGUAAAAUAAAUCUCAUAUGUGUAGUUUUCAAA